UUCAAACUUCCUGUGACUCAUUGCAAGAUUUAAAUAGAAAUUACUAAUGGGAUCACCUGAGUGCAAUAUUGCAAAUUCAUGGCUAAAUCUACUGUCUGUAUCCAAAAAAUCAUCCAUUGCAAGACAUCUUUUUUGCUUAUCGUGACAUUUACUUUCCUACCUUGCAACAGACAGCAGACGGCCAUACCUUCACAGUAUUUUUAUGAUAAGGAAUGAACUAAUCCAACAGGCACGAUAAGGCGUACGGUGUAUAAAUAUCAAACGCGACCUGCCCCUAGCACUAGUGGCGGAUAAAACGUUCGAUAAGCGAGAGUUCAGUCUUCGGCAGCAAGAUGUUUGUUCUGGUGGCGAUUGUUGUGGUGUAUCUUUCUUACUUGCUGCUUAGCUACCAUCGAAAGCGGCAAGAAGUGCUUAAGGUGUUGCAGUACUUUAAGGGACCACAGCCGGAAUAUUUUCUAGGUUGCACCUCUAUGUUUAAGGACAAAUCCAUGCCAGAAAUAUUUGACAUCAUUAACGAUUGCCAUCGUGUGUACGGCAAGGAUGUGUGCUUCAUCGGAGCAUUCAACGAGAUGGAGCUGCAAAUCUCUUCUGCUCGAAAUAUAGAGAAGAUACUGCUGACGAAAACUACGAAAAAGUCCUACCAGUACGACUUUCUCGAACCUUGGCUCGGUACCGGGCUGCUUCUGUCCUUCGGUGAGAAGUGGUUCCAACGGCGAAAGAUCAUCACCCCUUCGUUCCACUUUAAAAUUCUCGACCAAUUUAUGGAUGUGUUCAACAAGGAGGCGGACACACUCGUCACCAAGCUCGAACGACACGUAAACCAGAAAGAGUUCAAUAUCUACGAUUACAUCACGCUCUACGCGCUGGAUAGCAUUUGUGCAACGUCGAUGGGCGUUCACAUUAACGCUCAGGAAGAUCCUAACAACGAGUACGCGCGGGGCGUGAAGAAGGUGUCCGAGUACGUUUUUCGACGCAUCUUUAGCGUACUGAGCCAGUUCCCUGCCCUGUUUGUGCUGUACUCCUAUGCACGGGAUCAGGGUAGAGUUAUCAAGCAGUUGCAUGAUUUCACCAACUCCGUGAUUGAUACGCGAAGAAAGCAGUUGGCUCAGGAGAGCAAAGUGCACAAGGUGGAGGAUGAUUUCUCAAAGCAUCGCGAUACGUUCCUCGAUCAGUUGUUGAAGGUGAAGAUCGAUGGACGCCCGCUCAGUACGGCCGACAUUCGGGAGGAGGUUGAUACGUUCAUGUUCGAAGGACACGAUACGACGACAUCCGGGAUAUCGUUCAUAAUUCUACAGCUUGCCAAACAUCAGAACAUUCAACAGAGGCUGUACGAAGAGAUCGUGACAGUGUUGGGCGAUUCGGCUGGAUCGGUAUUUCUUACCAACUCUCUCCUGCAUGAGCUAAAGUAUCUUGACAUGGUGAUAAAAGAGUCAUUGCGCUUUGUGCCUCCGGUCCCGUUCAUUGGACGUAAACUUCUCGAGGACACGGAACUAAAUGGCACCACAAUUCCCGCCGGAACAACCGUCUCGCUCAACAUCUUCGCCCUUCACCGCAACCCGGAAGUGUUUCCCGAGCCGGAAAAGUUCAUCCCGGAGCGUUUUUCGGACGACAAUCAAAUCAAACGAGCACCGUACGAUUACGUUCCCUUCAGUGCUGGCUCGAGGAACUGUAUCGGCCAGAAGUAUGCGCUGCUGGAGAUGAAAGUUACCAUCAUGAAGCUGCUUGCCAGCUACCGCAUCCUGCCCGGCGAAUCCAUCGAUCAAGUACGCUACAAGGCCGAUCUUGUCAUCCGGUCCGAGGGUGGCAUACCGGUGAAGCUCGCCAAAAGAAAUUAACUCGGGGCAUACUUCAUUAACAAACUUGUCCGCGUCGUCGUCUAAUCUUGGCCGCCGUUGAAAAGAAGUCCUCACCGGGCUGACCUGAUUGGCCUUUCACUAACGAGCUUUUUGCCUUCUGCUGGUGGUGGUCUGCUCUGCAGUGGGUAGCUCAUCAACGUACCUUACCUGCUCGGAAUAUUCUAAUUUAAUUAAUCAAUCUGAAACCCCCACUAUUCCCACGUCAGCACGAUUGAGUGAUGCCGAGCCGUGAAUGAUACAAGAAAAAGUUGAAAAACAUAACCACAAAAACUCUCUACGCCACUUCAUGUUGCGCACGUUGUACAGUAACAGCCUGCCUGGUGAUGGCACAGCAAUGGUUUCAUAAAUUAAAUUUAUCAACUUUUUCCUUUCGACCACAGGCA